CACUGGAGAAUAGACUUCUUACAGUAUUGCUCUGACAAAACAAACCUGGAAAAGUCGCUGGAACGCCAUUUCUUGAGCUUUUUCACGGAGGGAAGAGCUGGAAUAAGAACAUUGUUAGAGGCUUGUGGAAGAUAAGGAAGCAUUCAAGCAGUGAUGGACAUAAUGAUGAUGGUGCAGGAUGCUUGUUGCUCUGGCCAGUGGCUUACUGCGGUUGUUCUCAGUCUCUGCUGCUUUUUGCCCACCUGCCUGCCUGCUGGACAACGUGUGGACUUUCCUUGGUCUGCGGUGGACAACCUGGUUGCCAGACAAGGGGACACUGCUGUUCUGAGGUGCUACCUUUCAGAUGGUGCCUCAAAGGGUGCUUGGCUGAAUCGGUCCAGUAUCAUUUUUGCCGGGGAUGAUAAGUGGUCAGUGGACCCUCGCGUAUCAAUUGUAUCGAGUAUUGGCAGUAAACGAGAGUACAGCCUACAGAUACAGAACGUGGAUGUUCCAGAUGAUGGCCAAUACACAUGUUCAGUACAAACCCAGCACAAUCCACGAACAAUGCAGGUGCAUUUAACAGUACAAGUUCCCCCGAAGAUAUAUGACAUCUCUUCUGACAUUGUUGUUAAUGAAGGCACCAACAUCACACUUAUUUGCCUGGCCAGUGGGAAACCGGAGCCUUACAUCUCUUGGAGACAUAUAACCCCAUUAGCCAAGACGUUUGAAACUGGAGAGUACCUAGUGAUAACUGGAAUUACUAAGGACCAGGCCGGAGACUAUGAAUGCAGUGCUGAAAAUGAUGCAUCAUUCCCUGAUAUGAAGAAAGUGAAAGUCACAGUAAACUUUCCUCCGGCAAUAUUGGAAAUGAAGCAUGCUGGAGUGGGUGUGGGACGCACUGUAUUAAUAAGGUGUGAAACAGCUGCAGUGCCAGCUCCUCUCUUUGAGUGGUACAAAGGCGAAAGAAAGCUUUCCAAUGGGCGACAAGGGAUUAUUAUUCAGAACUACAGCACAAGAUCUGUUCUCACUCUGUCCAACAUGACAGAGGAUCAUUACGGUAACUACACAUGUGUCGCUGUCAACAAGCUCGGAACAGCCAACGCCAGCCUGCCUCUAAUCCCACCGAGCACUGCACAAUAUGGGAUUACAGGAAGCGCUGAAGUUCUUUUUUCCUGGUGGUACCUGGUGCUGGCGCUUUCCUCCUACAUGAGCAUAUAUUAAAAGAAGAUCACCACUCACAACGAAUGUAAAGAACCCUAAGAGCAUUUACGAAUCCUUUCAUAUGGUUGACGACUGGAUCCAAUCUGGUACAGUUUGUUAAAAGCAGCGUGGGAUAUAAUCAGCAUUACUUGAUGUGGGAAUGAUCACCUUCUGUAGAAUUGCUCAUUAUGUAAAUACCUGAAUUCAACUUUUUUUCUGAUUAUCCACAUUACCUUGUGAAUCAGUACACAUUGUUCUAUUCAAAACAUAAAA